AUGGAUAGACAUCCUAAAAAGAGAGUUCAGGUGAAAUUUAGACAAGCUGAAAUGGGUUCAACAACUGAGGAACCGGUUACAAGACUUGUCAAGAAAGAAGUAAAUUAUGUUUUGAAGAAAUCAGACCGUCCUGUGAAGGUUUGUGCCGUCCGAGCUCGACCAGUUCACAGUUCGCUGUUCAUGAUAAUAAAUCUUCAGCCAAUCAGCGAGGCGCCUAGGUUAAACCAGCCAAUCAGCGAGGCGCCUUGGGUAAACCAGCCAUUCAGCGAGGCGCAUAGGGUAAACCAGCCAAUCAGCGAGGCGCCUGGGGUAACCCAGCCAAUCAGCGAGGCUCCUGGGGUAAACCAGCCAAUCAGUGAGGCUCCUGGGGUAGACCAGCCAAUCAGCGAGGCACCUGGGGUAAACCAGCCAAUCAGCGAGGCUCCUUUCAAAGCCAAUACUGAAGGGCUGAACCUCACUCAGCCUCCAUUAUUUGCAGAGAGUAAGCAUAAGAAAGACUCUGUCAAAAGGCCCAUGAAUGCCUUCAUGGUGUGGUCAAAGAUCCACAGACCCAUCUUGUCUAAGGCCAAUCCUGAUGCUAACAACACCAACAUCAGUGUCCUGCUGGGGUCAGAAUGGAGCAAGCUGUCUGAAGAGCAGAAAAAGCCCUAUUAUGAGGAAGCCCAGAAAAUCAAGGAACAACACAUGCAGAAGUACCCAGGUUGGGUGUUUCAGCCACGUGUGAUGAAGAAGCAGCAUUAUGCAUCAAGAGAGCCACCUACCAUGCCUGCUGCCCAAAUUUUCGUACCCUCCACUCUGACAUGGGCACAGAGAUCUGUCCCUCACCCAGUGCCCAUGACAUCUGUCAGACAAAACAGUUAUAUAGGGCAGAGCAGACUAAAUUAUUCAGCCAACAUCAACCAAGCCAUGGAGCAACAAGGUGUUCCAAUAAAUAGCGUAAAAAGCAGUACCACAAGUCAUCAGAUGCCCGGCCUUGCCCACUUCUACACACCAGAAUCUCUGAAUCCUACCAGCAGUCUUCUUGCUGCUCCUCACUUUACCUUCUCUCACCUCUACAUGACUGGACCCCCAUUCUACCCAACAGUGUGAGCUACAAGUUCCUGACUUCAUGAGUCUCAAUGAACACCAACGGCGUGACACGCUUUCUGUCCUGAAUCGGGAAUAUACCAUCAAUGUAGACAGUGGGAAUCAAAGCCACAAUCAGGGUCCCCCUACUACCUCUGGGCUCCUAGGUUCUGUCCCUUCCUUUGACAGGAGUGCACUAAACUAGUCCAUGUCAGUUGCAAUAUACAGUAUCUACUGUUUCUUGUAGUAAUUGAUUGG